AGCUUACUUGAUGCAAUUAUGUUAUUAAUUAGAUUAAAGGAUAAGAGAAUAAAGAAAUAUACCAAAACUAUUUUCAUGUGCUUGUAUAAGUAUCAGAAAUUAACGGGGGUAAGGAUUCUCUAUACGCCAAGCAAAAGAUUUGAUGCUGCAACAUGAAGAUCGCAGUAGAUGAUGGUUGGUUAACUUGAUGAGCAAAUAAUUCUGAUUGAGCUUAACUUUUACUAUCAAUACUCUAACCUAGGGAUUUAACCUGAAGUAUUAAUUAGGGUGCAAGCUUUAAGACGUGAAUACCAAUUAUUUAUUACUCCAUAUAUUUUUCCAUGAUUUAUUUUUAGAUUUUCUAAUAAUAUUAAUUUUGCAAAGUGAACAGGUAAAUGCUAUAGCUCAAUUGGAUAUGGAUAUAGUGUUGAAAUUUCAGGUUGCAGUUCGUAUCUUAUGCAGAAUCGAGACUAUUUUAAAAAUGCGUUUUAAUAUAUUAGCAUAGAUAUGAAAGAUUAAUACUUUUUCUAAAAUCUCUUUGGAGGGUUAUGCGCGGGACAAUUGAAGGUAGAACCGAUGGAUGUUAAUUAGAAAAAAUUGGUUAUAGGUGGAAGACAAGGGUUAGUCACAUGUAGGCAACGGAAAAGGAAAGAUACCUGGAAGUGGACCUCCUUAAGUAGACAUGAAGAAACAUGAAAUUGACAUCCCUUUUGAUUCACCUUGUAAUUUAGUGACUUUAUCUUAAAUUUGCCAACCUCAUUUAAAUUCCCAUUUGCAAAGAAUUUUCAUUUUAAGACUUUUUUUCUUUUUUUUUUUUUCUUUUAUUCUCCUUUGCUUCCACCCUUCCUUCACAAUGGGCUCCUUACAGGAGGAGAAAGGAACAUACAUCUCCCACAAGCAACCCUUUGUUUGCUAGCUCUCCAUCUUCAAUUCUUUUAUAUAUUAAUCCCUUUUUUCGAUCGAUCUCAAUUCGGUUCCAUUUAUGGAGGAUUGUAACACCCUUAUAUCCGAUUGUAUUAUCAUAUCAUGUUGUUGUCAAUGCUUGCUCUUACAACUCGUGGUGUUCAUGUUCCUACAACUCCCUCUUAGGGUGGCUCGGAAGACUAAGGAGUACGCCAAACGGAAGCUCUGGAACACAAGAAAGAAGAAGAAGAAGAAGAAGAAGAAGAAGAAUCAGCAGCAAGAUGAUGAACAAAAGGUAGAAGAAUAUGAUAAUUAUAAUAGUGAUGAUAAAAGUGGAAAGUCAAUGUCUUUGAGACUUCUUGAAUUAGAAGGGAUGGCUGUUAAUGAGUUGCAUAAGUGGGGGACUUGUAUGGAAGAGGUUGAUAAGGUUUUUGAGGAUUUGUCUUUCAAGGGACAAUUUGGAUUUGGAAGUUUUUGGGGAACAAAUUUUGUCAAUAAUCAUCAAAUUAAUCAUACUUUAAAUAAUAAUAAUAAUAAUACUAACAAUAAUAAUAAUAAUAAUAAUAAAUGUUAUUGUAAAUGUAAUAGGAGGUUGACAAAGGAAGAUGAAUUAGAUUUUGGCAGUCACGUUGUAAAGUUUCAUUUGAUUGAAAUUAUUGGUCGUUUUAGUUAAAUUAGCUCCUCUUAAUUUUAUGUUAUUUUUCUCAUCAUUAUUAAUUAUUAUCAUCUCAAACCUC